AUGCUUAGAUACCUAUGGGUGCUCUCUCUAUCUUAUUAUGUUAAUAUAAACGAGUUGCCAGAUUCAAUUGGUAAGAUUAAGACUCUACAUUAUGUGAAUAUUUCUUUCACUGGGAUUAGAAGGUUGCCCGAUUCCAUAUGUAAGUUGUGCAAUUUACAAACAUUGAAUUUAUCGGGUUGCAAAGAUCUUGUUGUAUUGCCAAGAGAUAUGUGGAAACUCAUCAAUUUACGUCAUCUUGAUAUUACUGGAACUCGCAUAAUGGAGAUGCCAAUGCAACUUGGUAGACUAAAAUGCCUCCAGACGUUGACUAAAUUUGUCAUCAAUAAAUAUAAUGGGUCUUCCAUUGGAGAAUUGGGAAAACUUAUAAAUCUUCGAGGAACACUUUCUAUUUUGGAGCUCCAAAUUGUUAAAUCUCAUGUGGAUGCUUUGAAUGCAUGCUUAAAGGACAGAAAGUACAUAGAGGAGUUGGUGUUGGAAUGGAAUCCAAAUGGUAUCAAUAUUUCUGAUGAUCAAAGAACUGUAAUUGACAGUCUCAAACCCCAUACAAACUUGAAAAGCAUCAGUAUCAAUUAUUAUGGCGGUCAGAAUUUUCCAGAUUGGGUAGGGCAUAAUUCGUUCUCCAAUAUAACAUCCAUUCGUCUAUACAUGUGUAAUAAUUGUUGUAGGUUGCCAUCACUUGGGCAACUACCCUCUCUACGUGACCUUUCCAUUAUUGGGUUGGAUGAAGGUGUUACAGUGGGUCCUGAAUUCUAUUGCAUUGGUUCUUGUUCAACGAAGUCCUUUGGAGCCCUGGAAUUUCUAAGAUUCGAAAAUAUGUUGAAUUGGGUGAUAUGGUUUCCUUUUGGUGUAGAGAAUGAAGGUGGAGCUUUUCCUUAUCUUAAAGAGCUGUAUGUUGAUAAAUGCCCCAAGAUGGUAGAAGGAUUGCCCAUUCAUCUUCCUUCUUUAGUCAAACUUGUGAUCCAUGACUGUCCGCAGUUGAGAGCUUCACCCCCAAAGGUUUCUGCUUUAUGUGAAUUAGAGCUAAUAGAUUGUAAUGAGGCCUUGAUAAGAGAAUUGUCAAUUCCUUUGAAUGGAAUGCAGAAGCUGACAGUCGAAGGAUUUUUUGCACUAAAGUCCUUGCCUGAAGGAAUAACAAACUUCGACAGCUGUCUUCACGACUUACGAAUAUGGUGCUGUUCUUCACUCAUGUCCCUUCCCGAAGGUUAUCUACCUCCCACAUUAAAAACCCUUUGGAUCUCACAUUGUAAGAGUUUAGAGCUCCCAAUGCACUUGGAUUAUUCAUCCCUUGAAAAGUUGUGGUUGCAUGGUUGUGAUUCUCUCAGCUCAUUUCCAUUAAAUCUAUUUCCAAAGCUUUAUAAUAUCACAUUCUGGGAAUGUAAUAAUCUAGAGUCUCUUACAGUGCUAGAACCUCAUGAUCAUGAUUUAAUGACCUUGCGUAUGGGAAUCUCAGAUUGUCCUAGUUUUGUAUCUUUUCCAAAGGGAGGAUUGCGUGCUCCCAACCUCACAUCAUUUUGGGUGGAUAAUUGUAAGAGUCUGAGGUCAUUGCCUGACAAGAUGCAUGAACUCCUUCCAUCUCUUCAGUAUCUGUAUAUAGAAAAUUGUCCAGAAGUCGUGUCAUUUCCUGAAGGGGGCUUGCCUUCGAGCUUGAUUUCAAUUUAUAUACGAGGUUGUGACAAACUUGUUACCAGCCGGAUGGGAUGGGGUUUGAAAAAACUCCACUCUCUUAGAUUGUUAGAAAACAGUGGAAAAUCUGAAGAUGUGGAUAGCUUUCCUGCCACCACUCUGCCUUAUCUUUACAUCUCUAAAUUCCAAAAUUUGAGAUCUCUGGACAAGAAGGGGCUUCAACACCUCACCUCUCUUAAACAGUUGUGGAUCUAUGAUUGCCCUAAGCUCAAAUGCAUGCCGGAAGACGGGUUGCCUGCCUCUCUCUCUAUUUUGGAGGUCUCCGAUUGCCCUUUGCUAAAGAAACAGUGGCAAAAGAGAAAAGGAAAAGAAUGGUGGCUUCCUUUGGCUUUGGUGGCAACAUCCUCUGCUGCAGGUGUUCCAGCUGCUGGUUCAAAGAAACACUCUUCAGUUAGAACUAUGAUAAUUGCUGGCGAAUCUGAAGAUGUGAAGUCCUUUCCAGAGGCAGAAUUGCUGCCCAUCAGUCUGACUUCUCUUCGCAUCUGUGGUUUUCCCAAAAUGAAAUAUUUGGACAAGAAGGGGAUUCGACACUUCACCUCUCUUGAAGAGUUACAGAUUCAUGACUGCCCUAAGCUCAAGUGCAUGCCAGAAGAUAGGCUGCUUGCCUCCCUUUCAAUUCUGAAGAUAAAAAACUGA